GACAACACCUGCCUACAGCUGCACCUGCCCCCUAAGAGACGACACCAGCCUACAGCUCCACCUGCCUACAGCUGCACCUGCCCCCUCACAGACGGCAUCAAUUCCUCAUCUGUGUGUGCUGGUGCCUGUGUGUGCUGGUGCCGGUGUGUGCUGGCGCCCGUGUGUGUGUGAGCGAUGGCCGGCUGUGCUGAGGGCGAGUUCUGGGAUGGACUGGUGGGGCGGUGCAUGGCCUGUGAGAUGGUGUGCCGGCACACACACACACACACACACGCACGCUGCAGCGACUACUGCGUAUCUCGCCGUUGCCGGGCAACCACUGGUCACUUCUACGACCAGCUGCUGAAGCAGUGCUUCACCUGCAAGCAGGUGUGUGGGUCACACCCUCCUGAGUGUGCGGCGGAGUGCCAGGCCCAGGCCCCAACUGUGAGGGUUGAGGUGAGACCAGCGGUGGAGGCUGCAGUUCCGGGCGUGUCCAGCAGGGGGAGCUCCGUGCUGGGUGUGUGUGUGUUGGGGGGGUGUGUGACUCUCGUCGUCUGCUCCCUCAGCCUCCUGCUGCUGCUGCUGCUGCACCGCCGCCACGCCGCCACCAGGGGCCAGCAGAGAGCACAGCAGCCACAGCAGCACACACGGCAGAAGGGCCAGGAUGUUGAAGGUCAGAAGGGGUGUUGGGCUACGGAGACGUGUGUCCACUGCUUUCCUGAGUCCGGGGAGGCCACACCCACUCCGCACCGAUUGGCUGAAUUUCAUAACCCCGCCCCCAAUGGACCCCUCCUUCCGCAGGACAACUGUUGCCAUGGCAACGUAGUCAGCCCCAAACAACAGUCUGAGAAACACAGUCAGAGUCCUCUUCACAUCAUCUGCUCCCCAGAGCAGAAUAGCCUGUAGCUGUGUGUGUGUGUGUGUGUGUGUGUGUGUGUGUGUGUGUGUGAAAGAAUGUGUGUUUGUGUGUGUGUGUGUGAAAGAGAGAGUAGCCUGGUUAGCGCCUACCACUUUUCAAAUGAGACGUGGUCUGGCAACCAGACGUUCAUUUUCUCGUAUUUGAAAAAAUGCCCAGAUCCGUUCAUUGGGCGACACGGAUGUCUAUCAAAUGCGUCUGUGCAUAGCUUACAUAUAUAUAACUGGAGAGCGUGACUAUUGACUAAGUCCCGACCUCCAUUCAAAUGAAUGGCGGAGGCUAGGCUAGUAAAUCCGGCCAAUUCAUAGUCAACGCCAUAUUGAACACUGGAGCUCUGAUCCAGCGCCAGUCGGCUUUGACCAUGCGCAAAGUUCCAAAGCUGGAAAUGACGCAUGGACCUACAUUGACUUCUAUUGGACAUUCUGUAAAAAGAGAGUCAUC